ACGCCACACCUUACGAUAAUAAAACAAGGAAGAAGAAGCGGAGAAAGUCAUCUAAAAGCGCCAUGAGUUUCUUCCACAAGAAAAGAACCUCCACGAAAGUAAAUGCGGCUAACGUCCACAUGACAGAGGCCGAGGCUGCGCUGGCCCAGAGCGACUUCAACAUCGACAAGAUCCUCGACAUUCAAAACAAGUUCACGGGAGGAGCGGCGCUCCAGGUCCCUGGACGGAUAUUCAUCCGCGAAGGUAUGCUCUGGAAAGUCUGUAGGAAGGGCCCAAAGAAACGCCAGUUCUUUCUCUUCAACGAUAUCCUGGUGUAUGGGUCGGUAGUGGCUGGUCGCUACAGCAACCAGCAUAUUCUUCCCCUGGCUCACAUGGUGGUCAGUGGGGAUCCGAGCUACCAGCCAGAGACGAAUACGACAUUCAAUAUUGAAGCGCUCGACGAACAACUGGACGUGCACAAUGCAUUCCAGAUAAGUCACGCGGACAAGUCGUUUCACGUGUUUUCCCUGUCGCAAGCAGACAAGGCCAACUGGUUGGCAAACCUUCAGAAACACAUCAACAAGGUGGCAUUAGUAGGAGGCAACCAAAUGGUGUCUCCUCGUGCAGUGUGGGUCCCGGACUCCCACAGCAAAGAGUGCAUGAUCUGUGGACUCAAGUUCAGUGCCUUCAACCGCAAGCACCACUGUCGACAGUGCGGUCGCGUCGUCUGCUCGUCUUGUUCCCCUCACCGAGUCAUCAUCGAUCCUCAGACAGACGGUAAACCGGAGAGGGCAUGCAGCGAGUGCGCCAAGGACGUAACACCCGUCAAGAGCAAAGGAAGUCCAGAGUUGAACGCCAAGUCUCAACCAGCUGCAGUGGUAGCGGCACAGGUUGUGUCCAACAUUGUGCGACAGAACAGUGGGGAUCACCAGUCACUCCGGCGACAGACGGACCAGUUUCCACGGCAACGGAGAGACAGCACGGACACGGAGGACAGCGAUGACUCGGAGAGUGAACAGGGCACACCCCCUUCCAAGAAGAAACCAACACCAACUCCGAGACGAGCUCAGUCAGAAUCUUCAAAACACGGAGUCUCAGUGAUGACAUCAUCAUCUGGCCCCCCGCAGCGACCCCCUCCGUUUGCCUCCUCGUCAUCAGUCAGACGACCCCCGCCUCCAAAUCCGAGCCCCGACCCCCCAGUUUCCCCCUCCCCGCCUUCUUCUUUUUCUUCGCAGAAAGGGUCCCCGAAGCCGAAACCACGCACAAGAAGACCAGACGAAACGACGUCGUCUCCUUUAGAAGUAGGAGCGAAGGAGGUAGUAAUAGUUCCUUCGGAAGAACCGCAGCCCACGCCACCUCCGCGGAAGAGAAAGAAGGCAAAGUUGAAGCAACAGAUUGAGCAGCAACUUCAGCAUCAGUUAGAGGAGCAAGCAACGUCUGUGGGUACACCGGAAUCAGCCGCUUCCAGCUCUGUUUCUGUUGAGGAAGUGAGGGAGGGAGGAGAGGAAGAGAAGGAAGGAGAUGGAGAGGAAGAGAGAAGGAAGGAGAUGGAGAGGAGAGAGAUGUGGAAGAGAAAGACGGAGGAGGGGAUGUGGAGGUGGCAAUAGUUGAGGGAGUUGGGAGUGAAGUAUGGGAGGCCGGAAAAGAUGAUGGAGUACAAGUAUUGGAAGCUGAAGAGAUGGGAGGCGGUGAGAUUGGUGAGAUUGGUGGGGUUGUGGAGGCGGAGGUUGUGGAAGUGGGGACUGAGCCAGUGGAACAAGAAUUGGAUGGGGAGGAAGGGGAAGAGGAGGGAGGGGGAGAGGGUAAGGAGAGAGAGGAUGGUGGGCCGAGAAGACCUAGGAGAAGAAAGCAGCCCUUCCGAGAUGAUGAUGAAAAAACCUCUGAGGAGAAAACCACACCCACUGACUCCACCCAUAAUGAAGAAGCCUCUCUGUCUGACUCCACCCAUCAACAAGAAGAGGCCACACCCACCCCCGACAACUCCACCCAUCAACAAGAGGAGACCACACCCACUGACUCCACCCAUCCGCAGCGGGACGAAUCAUUAGCCGACAGAGACACCAACUCUGCAGCUGAAGUGGAAAUAGCUGGAUCAGGACAGGACAACGAACCACAAUCAGGACACUCGUCGUUGCCCACGGAUACGGCUGAAGAUGGAACCCCGGUGAAAAAGCCGAGAGGUCGACGACAGAAGUUCAAGCAAGCAGCAGAAGCAGAGAGUUAAAAUUAUAUUCACUCACCAAAAUUUAUUCUUGUAGUGUGGUAUAAUUAUGUGGAGUUGUGUGUUGUACUUGCGUAAUACGCAUGCGCAGAGAAUGCGCGCGCCGCGCGCCAAGUAGUGGGUGGGGCUGUGGUGCGCUUCAAUUAGAGCGCACAAAGGAGGAAAAUGCAGGUUUUGACGGAAAACACCGCCGGCUUAAAGAGACACGUCCCUAGAGAAUGAUUCAGUUUAUUCUGUUGCUCUGCUGUGUUACUACGCUCCUAGGGUUCGUGUCAGUUGUAUGGCUGCUGAGCUGGUACCAAGCUGGCAGGUUGCUACUGACGAUUGGCGGGGAAAAGCAGGCGGCCCCUCCGCAGUGGUUCAGCACAGGGUGUCCACAGGCACGUACUCUGAUGUGUAAGCCACGCCCAUCAACAGAACCCGGGCACGUCCUGACUGGACGUGAAGUGAUAGACACACACCUAAGACAAGUAAAAUUUACAGUGUCAGUAAUCUGUAUACUCCUGUCUGUUUCAGUAAUCUUUCUGCAUACUCUUGUCUGUGUCAGUAAUCUUUCAGUAUACUUGGCCUAUAUCAGUAAUUUUGUGGGCGUCGUCGGACUGCAGGGUCUACAGUAUGGAAUGAGAGAUUUCGUUCAGUCCUGGUUCCAUGUCUGGGUGAGUCCCAACCCAGCCUUCCCCGGAGAAGUUCAAAGGGCUGUUGUCACCGUGGUGACAGAGCUAACAAGAAGAUGCAGUGAGGCAGAUUUGGCCACUCUGCUGAGUCAGACACUACUGGAGGAGAGUCUGACCCAUUUGUCUCGCUGCAAAGAAGCCUCCGGUGCUACCGGCUGUGCCGAUACCGAGACAGAGAGUUUGGGGAGUCGUGUUUUGGCUGGUCUUCCCAAUGACGAUCCUUGGACUGCGGUCUGUCUUCAGCCUGAGAUACAAAGAGCAUAUUUCCAAGGAGCCAGUGAACUACUGCUGUUUCUGAUUCUACCAGACGAUGAGUUCUCCAGCCCUCCCCUCCGCCUUCUCCUCAGGGACCUGAUGACUCAGCAAAUAUGGAUCCCGCUCUUGCAGGCUCUCUCCGCCCCCGACUUUAUCAACACAACACUCAUCUCAUUGUGCAAGGAGCAAUCUCUGAACAGUGAAUCGUUUCUCGCUGCGGUGAGGACGCCACACUCUCCCGCGGAGGUCGAGAGGUUACAAGAGUUUGUUGCCGUGGAGACAGAGAGGCUCAAAACACGCGGGGUGAGCGGGGCGGACCAGCAGCGUCUUGCCUCGCUGGACGUUGUCAUGACAACCAUCGUCAAGCAACUGCAAGGAGAGACGGAGGAAGGUGCGGAGGAGGUCGAGUCGUCUCUCCCACUGUCUCUCUCCGUCUCUUUACCUGAAUACAUGAUAGAGAGAGGUAACCAGGUGAAGUACACACUGAGCGUCCAAUGUCACCACUCUGGUCUGGACGUCACGGAAACAUGGUCAACUCGUCGACAGUUCUCCGAUUUUCACGACUUCCACAUGACGCUCAGGAACACCCUGGGUUCUCUCCCUCCCUCCCUCUCUCUCCCCUCUCGCCGAGCCAUCAAGAAACUAGACCGGGCAUUCCUGGACUCGAGGAGGCGUGGUCUCGAGAGCUACCUCCAGACCCUCGUCUCCGAGACGUUCCUCUCUCGUUACCCACAUGCCCUCCCACUCGUCUCCCUGUUCAUCUCUGACGAGACCUACAGACGAAGCAGCAACGAAAUAAACAGACAGGUGGACCGGUUGCUGCAUCCCUUCAGAAAAUCACCUCCUCUCUCUAAACUCACAAAUACUCUCAACAAGGUGACAUCAUCACCAAUGUUGCCACAGCGACAACGGCUAGCUUCCCCGGAUAGCGCAUCAUCAGAAGAGGAGGAGCAGGAACUUGACCUACUAUUAAAGCUGCUUGACGAACUCUUUGACCUCCGAGACCACGGCCAGUGGCUACGGAGACAGGUGGCACACAUUCUUAGCCAGUUGCUAGGCGACCGCGUCAGCCGGAAGGUGGCAGAGGGCGUGGCUUGGCUAACGAGCCCAGAUCAGGUGUCACAGAACUGCCGUGACCUAAUAAACACGAUAUGGCCUGGUGGAGUGAGACCUCACCAUGGCAACCGGGAGGGGGAGGAGCUAGGCGAGGAAGAGGAAGAGGAGGGAGGAGUGGAAAGGGUUAAGAUGCUGAGGUCCGUUCUCGUCAGGUCUAAAUUAAUAGGGACUGUCCCUGACGACCUGCGCAGACUGCUCGGCUCUCGAAGAACCACCCAGGGAAUGGCAAGACUGAGCCACCUGCUUCAGGACAAGGCCCUCAACAGCUGGCUGUGUCUUCGUCUCUUUGAGGCCAUCCUCCAGACCCUCUUCCCCUCCCACUCCCUCUCCCCCGCCCUCAGGUCGCUACGGCAACAGCUACACAACACCGGUGGUACAACAAGAUGGCUACCAUAACAACCAACCACACCCACUUAACGAGAAAAUAUUUUCCGAGCUAUUCAUGCAAACAACAGUGUUACUGUUUUUAUACCCCCAAUUUUGAGUGUUUUUAUGAGCAGAUGAGCAGAUUAAAAGUGAAACUCGCUAGCAAAAGCACAACUGCAAGCCAGACCCGUAGUGUCCUUUGUAGAUGGGUGUCCAGGGUAAUUUAUUAAUCACGAUUUAUAUUAAUUGUUUAGCAGACCUGACUUUGCAACGAAUACUGACCCAGAAAAAAUUAUGAAGUGGAAGAUAUUAUUAUGCACCAGCGAUAAUUAUAUAUAUGCACCAGCGAUAAUUAUAUAUAUUAUGCACUAGCGAUAUUAUGUUAUUAUUGACAGAGUAUAACAUACACACACAUGGGUUGAGACGGGCAAUGCGAUAAAACCACAGCAUGAGAGAAUGAAGGAGCGAGGAAGAGAGAGAGAGAGAGAGAUAAGAAAAUGAAGUGGAUGUACACGAGCCAAGCAGAGGGUGUCACAUGACAGUCAUGUGACAUGAGAUG